CGAUCAUGGCCUCUCCCACUCCUACUCCCACACACACAUACACACGCUUCUUUCCUGAACAAGGUUUCCGCUCCUGUGAUUACUGUGCGUUGAUGACACGCUGUGAGGUGAAGAACAAUAAACAACAACCUUUAAAAAAACAACACAAAAAACAAAACAAAACAAAAAACAAGCAAACUCCCACUAAAAAUACCUGGAGCUCUGUGCCUCUACCUUUCCUGCAAAGCUUCCAGGGCGCGUGGGCCGCGCAGGAGGAGGAAGGGGGAAGCGAGCGGCCCUGGUCGCCUAGGGACUUCCUGCGCGACGUUAUAAAGCAUCCCCUCCCAGUCUGCUCCCGGGUCAUUGUUAACCAGCCAGCAGUCAGAAUUGGACAGGGGGACAGAGGGUUGCUUGUGUCUGACUGGAACUGACCGGAGAGCUCAAGCAGGACUGACCAGGGCAGAACGAGCACGGGUUAUCUCGUCCCUGCUGGUCGGGGUACGAGUAGGGAGCUGGUCUCCCCUAUAGCACAGACUACUGCUAGACUGGACAAAUAAAUUCUGUCUUCGACCAUAUAGUAAGAGGAUGAGCAGAAUGCAGGCGGUGGAGGGACACCGAGCGAGCAGGAGGCACGAAUCGGCCGACGGUGGAGAGGCGGCGGAGGGGUACGUGAAGGAGUACACGCGCCACUCCAACGACGUGCUGCUGAACCUGAACGAGCUCCGUCACCGGGAUAUCCUUACUGAUGCCACCUUGAUGGUGGGCAGUACCAGGCUGCGGGCACACUGUGCUGUGCUGGUUGCCUGCAGUGGCUACUUCUACACACUGGUUGUGCAGCGGGGCCAAAGCCCGGGUCCUGGGGAGCACGGGGUGUCCUUCUCUCUGCCUGAUGGCUUGGAUGCGUCCAGUGUGUCCCUGCUGCUGGAUUUCAUGUACACCUCCCGGCUGCCCCUAAGCCCCCGCACUGUACCUGGGGUCCUGGCGGCCGCCACUUACCUGCAGAUGGAGCACGUGGCUGACACGUGCAGAACCUUUAUGCUGAAUAGUGAGAGACGUCCUGCUGCUCCUCCCUUGUUGGAGCUGUCCUCCAUGCCUCCUGCUGUGUACAGGGCGCCCCCUGGAGGAGCGUUCUCGAAGUACAGCCCCAGUAGCAGCAGCAGCAACAGUAGCAGCUCCCUUCUGAUGUUCCCCCACACCUCCCAGCCUGCAGCCAAGGAGGCUGAGGAGAGCCACAGCAUGGCCAGGGUUCCAGGGGAGCAGCGGGCCUCGGUGGAGCAAGGGACUCGCCUGAGUCAGGAGCCCAGGUCUCAGAGCCUGAAGCUGGAGGAGUCUGAGCCGGUGGCCCCCUCUCCAGACAGUCCCUCCUGCUCCAACGGACAGCCCAACUCACCAGCCGAGUCCAGCAGCUGCAACCUUAGCCCCAAAUCCAGGAGAGCAAGUGAGACCAAGCCUAUUCCCGACCCUAAGGCCUGCAACUGGAAGAAGUACAAGUACAUCGUCCUCAACCCCCUCUGUGCCACCAACAUCAAGGAGGAGGAGACUGGGGUGGGGCCAUGUGGGGGUAGCCCAUCACCUAAUUCAGAGGAUAGGAUGGACACCACGCCCAAAGCAACCAAUGACAAGUGGCCAAAGUCAGAGCAGGAAGUGAUUGACAGACAAGGGAUGGUGGCGUUGUGCUGUGUGCCUCAGCUGACCCCCUCUACCCUGCCCGUCCCUGGGUUUCUGCCCUGUACCCUGGACCCCGUCCUGGAGCACCAGGCCCUCCUGCCCCAGGGCAAUGCAGCCACCUGUUCACCUUAUCUACCACCAUGUCCACCUGAGCCUGAGACAGCCAAUCAGAAUGGCCCGUCACCCUGUAUACAUUCAAUCAAACGUGAGAGCCACUACUCUCUGAUCUGUUACUCAGGAAACCUGAGUGUUGCCAAACCGUCAUCCACAGGUGACAAGCCAUAUCGCUGCAAUGUGUGCGGAGCCAAGUUCAACCGGCCCGCCAACCUGAAGACCCACUCUCGCAUCCACUCUGGAGAAAAGCCCUACCACUGCGACACAUGUGGUGCCCGAUUCGUCCAGGUAGCUCACCUGCGUGCCCACGUCCUGAUCCACACUGGAGAGAAGCCGUACCCCUGCCACACCUGUGGCACUCGUUUCCGCCACCUGCAGACACUCAAGAGUCACCUGCGCAUACACACAGGGGAGAAACCUUACAGUUGUGAGAAGUGCGACCUGCACUUCCGCCACAAGAGUCAGCUCCGCCUCCACCUGCGGCAGAAGCAUGGCGCCAUCACCAACACCAAGAUCCGCUACAAGGUGCUCAACGACCCCUACCAGUCUGGCCUGCUCCAGGCCUGCUGAGCUCCACCUGGAGGGAAUCAUGCAGGAAAUCAGAGUCACCGUGACAACGAGUAAAACACCGCCAUGCCAACCUUCACCUAUAACAUAAUGUCCAAAGCCAGGGAUUUGAGGAGGUAGUCUUGUGUUUCAUUAUUAAGGGCAUUAUUUAUUAAUUCUAUUCACCUCUGUUUUUAAUUUAUUAUAUAUGAGAGCAGAAGUCAGGCUUUCAAUCGGGAGAUUAAUAUAACAUGAAGAAUAAGUUGAGGAAGUAGAAGUCCAUUAGAAUGGUUAUCAAUCAUGUGUAGAUUCUGAUGAUGGUCUGUGGGGAGAGUUGAAGGCGAAUGAGGGAAUUUGGAAGUGAAUAUUUUAAUGGCUGAGGAAAGGUAUACUUAUCUAGUAUUAUGGAUAACAUCAUGAAAAGGAAAUGAAUUUCAAAUGAAUGUUUUGCUGGAAGGGAGAGAGUAUGUUGACAAGAAUGGCAAGAAAGUGAUGCGAAAGCUAUUUAUGUUUUUUUUUUUUGAAAAAAUAAUUUUAUUUGUUCAUGUUAUUUAUGUUUCCAUGUUACCAUUCUAUCCGACUAUAUUCCAAAGUGAGUGAUCUGGCUCUUUCUGGCUCUCUUAUACAAACGUAUGAGAAGAGGUCAAAGUUAAUCAUGUUCUCACUUUGAACAUGUCAUUUGGGGGCAGCAGAGUGUGUCACGUGUCACGUGUGGGGUAGUUAUUACCUAACUUGCUAAUUUAUGAGUCUGUUACCACCACUGGCCUGGUGCCAUGGAGACUGUAUAAUUUUACAUGCAAGAAGUUCUCCUGUGGGGCAGGUUAGCUUGGAUGCUAUAUGCCUCCACUGUGUUAUUAUCCUCAUUAUUAUUAUUAUUAUUAUUAUAGGACUCUGGUGUAUAAUGACAUUUUUAAAGUGAGACGUCCGAGCUGGCCGAGGACAGUAUGUUAACCAAAGCAAAGUAAUUGUAAAGGUUGGUUUUGUGAUUUCAAAUUAUAUGGAGCUCUUUUGCUGGACAAAGACAAGACCUGAUUUUUUUAUAUAAAAAUUAAAGGGAAAUGAAUUGGUAUGCA